AUGACGGGCAAUUACGGCCCGGCUGCUGCUGCCGCUGCUGCCGCAGCCGCUGGAAACACGACUGGACGGACCGUUUACGUUGGGAACCUUCCUCCAGACGCCUCGGUCGACGAGCUGAUGAAUCUCGUCCGUUUCGGACCUGUCGAAUCCGUUCGGUUGUUGCCGGAAAAAUCCUGCGUCUUCAUCUCCUUCCUCGAUGGAGCUACCGCCGCCGCUUUUCAUGCCGACGCUACUGUCAAGAAGCUCACCUUGCACGGUCAAGAGCUCAAGAUCGGUUGGGGCAAACCUUCCACUGUCCCAUCUCAGGUGGUCCAGGCGAUCGCCUUGGCUAAGGCAACGAGGAACGUCUACCUCGGUGGAUUGGACGAUUCGUUGACGGAGAGCGAGCUGAGGGAUGACCUUUGUCGAUUCGGACCGAUCGACCAGGUCAAGAUCGUCCGUGACAAGGGGAUCGGGUUUGUUCACUUCCUCAGCAUCGGGGCGGCCAUGAAGGUCGUCUCUUCCCUGCCUAACGAACAGGCCUGGCAAGGAAAGAGGGUCGGAUAUGGCAAGGACCGAUGCGCCUACGUGCCCCGAGCCCAACAAGCUGCCGUCCAGCUCGCUCAGCAACAAGCCGCGGCUGCGCUGGGUCACACGCUCGGAAUGCCCGGAGCGCCUUUCCAAGCCUUCAACCCGCUGUCGCCUGCCACGCUGUAUAGCAGCACAUUCCAUAGCCCGGUACCUCGUCAAGGCGGGUUUGAGAACCAAGACCCUUACAAUCAGACCAUGUCAAACCGAUGCAUCUACAUCGGUAGCAUACCCGAAGAGGCCGAAGCAUCGGACGUAUUCGAUGCCAUUCGGGGUGGACUGGUCGCACAGCUGAGAUACCUAAAGGAAAAGCAUUACGCGUUCGUUACCUUUGCGGAUCCCAACGCAGCUGCCAGCUUUUACCAACAAGCAACCGGCCAUGGAUUGAUGAUUCACAACACCAAGGUCAAGAUCAGCUGGGGUCGAUCCGUGAGCAAUCUCAGUCCAGCCGUCAUGGCCAACAUCACUUCGGGAGCUACGAGGAAUGUCUAUAUCGGAUCUGUCGACGAUUUCGAAAAGUUCAACGAGGCAAAGCUGAGGCAGGACUUUGGCGAGUUUGGAGAGAUCGAGCAGAUCAACUUCCUGCCCCCUAAAAAGGCUGCAUUUGUCAACUUCUGCACUGUGAGCAACGCUACCAAGGCGAUCGAGCGAAUCCGGGCGAAUCCCGAGUACAACAACUUCAAGAUCUCGUACGGCAAGGACAGGUGUGCCAACCCACCCAAAUUACAGUAUGUCUUUCGUUGUAUCCAGGAUCAUUACAGACGUUCUGAUCACUAA